AGCCGGAAGUUGAGGCCGCAGCCGGAAGUCGGGCUCCGCAGCUGGCGGUUUGAGUUCCGCGCCGUUGUGGCGGUUGCUGCGGCUCGGCACCCAGGAUCCGGAUGGAGGCGGCACGGGAUCCAGGCCCGGGGCUGUGCUGCAAGCCCGGCGGGCGUCUGGACAUGAGCCACGGCUUCGUACAUCACAUCCGCCGGAACCAGAUCGCUCGGGACGACUACGACAAGAAGGUGAAGCAGGCGGCCAAGGAGAAGGCGAGGAGGCGCCACACACCCGCGCCCACUCGGCCCCGCAAGCCAGACCUACAGGUGUACCAGCCGCGCCACCGAGAUGCCUCUGCCCACCUAGUCAACCCAGACUGUGAGGAGUCCGGUGAAAGCAGCAGUAGUGGAAGCUCUGAGCUGGAGCCUCCUGGCCGCCAGCUCUUCUGUUUAGAAUAUGAGGCGGACAGUGGAGAGGUCACAUCAGUUAUUGUGUAUCAGGAUGAUGAUCCCAGAAGGGUGAGUGAGGAAGUAUCAGCACACACACCUCUGGAUCCAGCCAUGCAAGAGGCCCUCAGAUUGCGCAUCCAGGAAGAGCUUGCAAAGCGCCAGAGGCAACACUGACCGGGCUGAAGGCGGUCAGGCAGGCUUCACUGCACUUGGCAGAAUUUCACCCAGGGAGCUCGCCUCUAGUUUGGGGGUACCAGGACCAGUCUAUAUGAUCUUCAGGGAUCCUUGUCCUCCCUUUCCAAGCUGCUGUAUCCACAAGGGUGUUGCAGGACCACAUCUGGCCUACCUCCAGCAGCCAUUCCUUCUUGUAGCCGAUUUGAGCUAACGUUCUGGAAUUUUAUGACAGUUUUGGCUAACUUGCUGUCGCGGGAGCAGAGACUUCAGGGAGAACCAGGGCUUAUGAAGCCUUUACCCACGUGCUGCUGUCUUGAUGAGGUCAUUUGCCAGGCCCUUUCAGGAGCCAUACUUGGUAUUCUCUGGUUCUUCGAUGUUGUACUUCCUUCCACACAUCGUCCCUGGACUGGCUGUCACUUGUCCUUUCUCCUACCUUUUUGCCAUGGGUAAACUCAUUCCCCCCACCUUCCCAACGUGACUGUUUCUCUACCACUCAGGAAUUUGGAAGUGGGGGUUCUGGGAGCCUGCCCUCCUCACAAGUUCUCCAAGUAAUUCUGAUGCCAAUAAAACAGGAGAACUUUGUUUUUGAGGCCUAUUUGGAAGCAUAUCUCCUUCCCCUCCCAUGGCUUUCCCAAGCCGCUCAUGUGCCCCCCUGCUUUGCACUAUGUAGAAGAUGUAUAGGAGACCUAGGAAGACGAUGAUGGGUUAGGCUUCAGUCAUCUCUUGAAAAACCUGCCUGCUGGGAAUGGUGGGGCACACCUUUAAUCCCAGCACUCAGCAAGCAGAAGCAGGCAGCUCUCUGUGAGUUCAAGGCCAUCCUGGAACAGAGGGAGUUCCAGGACAGACAGUCAGGGCUUGUAGAGAGACCCUGUCUCCAAAAAAAGAAAGAAAGUUAAAAAAGAAAAGAAAAACCUGCCUUGCCUAGGCCUACCAAAUUGACCCUCCCCCAACUGUAAAAGACCACCUUCUACUCAGACUAGAGGGGAAUUAUCAAAACAAAUUUGAAACUAACUCUCCAAUUAUGGUUUAACAGUCUUGAAUUAUUGAAGAUGGGAAAGUUGACAAUAGCUAUGAUUGCCCCCCCCAUGGUUGCAAAAAAAAAAGAGUCCUGGAGAACACCAUAGACAAAAUGAACGCUUCUCCACCCCAUGCUUUCUUCUUUCCCACCUCUCAAGAAUGUGUCUGAGCAUGGUUAUGCACACUGUGACCGCCGUGUACAGGAGGCCAAAGUUGGAGGGUUGCUGCAAGUUAAAGGCCAACCUAAGUGGUUCCAAGAAAAAACUAAAUAAAUGUAACUUAGGUCCUUUGGGUAAAGAUCCCCAGACAUAGCAUUUUUCCAACAGGGGAUAUGUUUUCCAACACAAGAUUAGGCUAAGGUCUGAAGUCCACAACACAUCCUGUGCACGGGAAUUUCAGAGGCACCUAAGAUUUCCAGGAACGAGCCUGACUUCAGCAACUUGAAAUGUGAGUUGUAAAGGAGCCUACGAGCACUGAGACUGCGUACAGCCAAACAGCCUGCCCAGGGGUUUGUCUCCCAUGUGAGGGUCUCAAGAUCAGUGACCAUAGCAGCUCAGUGGUUUUUUCUUCCAGGACACUCGGGGGCUCUGCUGGGUUUCAUCCCACGCUGCUGAAAACAGAUGUAAUGGGGUUUGGGCAUCUACUUUGUGCCAUUAAAACAGUGAGUCACAGCUUGCCAUGCCAGAGGAAUUCUGGGACAGUGAGUUAGGUAGUAAGUUAGAAGGUCCUGGUUGCGGAGGUGGCUGGGGACCUAAAUGCUCUAGACCCAGAGAGCUGGUCCCAGGGUUAAGUGCCUUAAGCUUAUCAGUCCUAAGCCCAGUUCUGCUGUCACAGGAAAAAGCCUUUGCCCUGUACUCGUGAACAUGUGCUGUAAGUGCCUUUGGAGCUACAUGGUUAGAUCCCAUCCAGAGCCUCUAGGGGAAGGAGGGUCUGCCAAACUCCAUGCUCAGCAUCCAGCAAGCCAUUUUAGUCUCCAGUUAAUCAGUCCGUUUUCUGACUUGAAACACAGGAUUCACUGGAACUCUGGCUGCUUUAGGAAUGUGUUCUUAUCGCUUCAUUUCCUAUUUCCUGGUACAGUUAUUAAACCUAGAAAAAGACCUGAAGAGGAAUCUGAGGACUCAGCACCUAAAAAUUUGCCUCUAUUCCCACUUCUUGAGAAAGAAAGAAAUGGAAGAAUACAGCAUUCAGUAUAGGCCUUUUUUUGUGUUUAUGUGAUCCUCACAAAGACCUUAGAUAGACUGAUGGGAACUCCUCUAAGCCUUUUUUCCAGAAGCACUUUACUUAUCAGGUGUGUAUGAAAGAUUUUCUAGCCAAGAAAGCACUCUUCAUUCUUAGCUAAUUUCUCCUAAAGCUCCAAACCUGUGCUUGAAUGAAAAGCGGUCAUUCUGAGCCAAUCUGCUGGAGCUGAUGCUGAUGUCUCUUCAGGCAUCCCUGAAAUGCCUCUCAGGGGCUGUGCCCCCAGCAUUAUGGCUUAGCUGCGUUGCUCUGCUCUUCUCUUCUGGGGUCCAUCAUAGCACUGUUCAGUGUAUCUGGCAGAUCUGCUUCUAGAUGUCUCUUACCUGUUUCAAAACUCACAGGCCAUAGUGAGCUUUCAGAACUGCCCUGUUUUGUGGCACAGAAGCAGUAUGCCGUAGACAGGACUUACAGCAAACUGCUUCAGAAUCAACACUCAUUUGAGUCCAUAUGUUCUUGGCUGUCUUUUUUUUUUUUUUUUUUUUUUAGGGGGCGGAUAUGGGGGCCAGGUAGGAUGGCAUAUGCCUGUAGUUCCAGCCUUUGAGGCUGAGGCGAAAUGACUGCCAUAUAUAUAGCCAGGCAUGAUGGCACAUACCAUUAAUUCCAGCACUUGGGAGGCAGAGGCAGGAAGGUCUCUGAGUUUGAGUCCAGCUUUGUCUACAUAGCAAUUUCCAGGACAGGCAGGACUACAUAGAGAGACCCUGUCUCAACCCCCAACCUCCCCCCACAAAAAAUAAAAAAGAUUGCCAUGAGUUUGAGGCUCUCUUGAGCUACAUAGACCUUGUAUCAAACAGUCUCAUUCCUACUCUCUAUGGAAUGUUUUUUCCCUCCAUUCUUAACUGGAAUUAAAUCUGUAUUUCACAGUUUUGUAAUUCCUGGGCCAGAGUUUAUGUCAUUCUUAAGAGAACUGGUUUUGCAAGGGGGCUUGGGCUGUGCAAGUAUAAAUGAUAAGGCUGGAGUUGUGGCGCACUGCAAGCCUGAACGUCUUUGAAGAGUGUAGUGCAAGACGGGGGAAGAUAUAAAAGUGUAUGUAUAUGAUGGGAGCGGUGUAUGUGCUGGCUGCAGCAGCCAGCCAGUGGUGGGUCUAGGAUGAAUGAAAGAACAUUCCAUCUCUGGUCAUCUGGGGUGCAUUGCCAACUAGAGACCACCCCAGAUAGAUCGAACCCCCUUGGGGUGGUAAGUAUUCCAACCUGCUGUGUGUGUUGACAAGAUCUUUGAACGACCGGGUGUGCUUCCCAGAUAACUCAAAUGUAAGUGAGACCUUUGUAUGAAAGACAGGUGACUCUCCUACCUCUGAGCCUUUUGGGAAAAUCUCAUGGAAUGUUGACAGUUAUUUGAAAUCUUAACUCCUUUGGAUUCCUAUCCUAUCGUUGGGAGCCCUAGGCAUCCAGCCCAAAUUUCUGUAGGAGUUGGAGUGAUACUAGAAGUGAAAACCUUCCUAGUAAAGGGCUCCUCUCUUCCCAGAGCCAACAGAACAGGAGGCUGGGAACGGAACAGUUCAAGAGACAAGGAGGAGCACUGUACAUUCGAGAGCAGCCUAAGCUAUAUAGCAACACCUUAUCUAAAAACAAAAAAAAAACAAACAAACAAAAAAAAGCAUCAGAGUGUACUGGCUAUGUCAUGGUGCUAAAUGUAGAAAAAGCCAAACAGUCUCAUUUCCGGUGUUUCUGUAUAGAUAAAAUGGAAUUAUGCACAUUGAAAAUCAUGGAAGGUACUUUUUUAACCAAUAAACUAUUUUUAUAGCA